AUGUGCGACACGGAACGGUUAGAAGUUCCUAAAUUCAACAACGAAACGACCCCCUUGAGGAGAGGACACCGCCAUAAGCGAUCACUGGCAAUUUCGGAAGAUUUCGACUUUUUAAGACAGAGUUGUGGAGAUGAAUCCCCGCGGGCUGGACUCCAUUCGUCUACGACAUCACCUCGCAAAAAUGAUUUGAGUCCGAGGUUCUUCAUGAGUGAAGAGUCCACGUUAUCUCACGGCGUACCUGAGGCUAUAAUCGAUUUGGAUGCCGCUUUGAGCGCCAAACCCAAAUCUUUCGCGGCGCACAGACGCACGGAAUCCGCGCCUGCCACAUUGAAUUUAUCCUUUAGACCUGAUAUAUCACCCACAGAAGCCCCUUGCAUAGAAGAAGAGGAUUGUGAGGAGGAAUCAGAGUCUCCACAAUUACUUCUUUCCCCACUUGGUACUGUAUCACAGCCCCCUAUACUUUCAAAUCCAGCUUCGCCUAUACGCAAAGAAGAAAUCAGUAACAAUACUCUGAAAAUUAACAGACAGAAAGAAAGGUACUACCAUUAUGCAAGACAAUUACCUUCUGCCAGCUCUCAGACUCCUCUUGAGUUGAGAAUGAAACAAUCCUCUUCUUCCUCUAUCACAUUGGAAACUCCAUCAACACCUCAAAGGCUAACAAGCUCACGGUCUAACUCAGGAUCGCCAGCUUUGCCUCCAAAUACGUUCGCAGUAAAUUCUCCCCGCACUCAUACCACUUUCAAGUACGAAAGUCAAAUGUACGACGUACCUUUACAAUACCAACUGAAACGGGAGGACAACGGUCUCAACAACGAUAAUCAGCUGUUUGCCAAUGCGGUUCCGAAUACUAGCAAACUCCAUCGAAAGUCCAAAAGUCUGGCGACUUAUGAUCGCAAUUCAUCCGAGAUGCUUCCAGAUGACGUUUUGCGGGGCCAGCCGGGUGAUAUGGUGGAUUUAUCAUCAAAUGGAGUGAACGGACAGUUUAAAGACCUAUCAAAGAAGGAUUUUCUCGUUUCAAAUCCCAAUAUCUCUUCCACCGCAACAGCCGUGACUGAUCCGAGAAGCGCCAGCGACAGCUUAGUCGAUCAAAAAAAAUCAUGCUCUUCGGGAAACAAGAAAAGAAACCGAAACAACUUUCUAUCAGCUCUUGUAGCGAGGUUUAGAUCCCGGCGUUGA